GGUUCCUUUGUGGUUGAUUAGAUAAUAAAAGAUAUGAAGGUGCUAUACCGUUCAGAGCUUUGUAAGUAAUUAACAGAACAGAAAAUGACACCUAUAGGCUUGUUACUUUUGAGCAAAGGCCAUCUGAGUUAGCUGGCUCCACAGAAAUAAUAUAUCAUUUCUGUGCUGUGAUUUGAUCUAAAACCUGAUUGGAAUUUUUUUUGAGAAUACUGUUUUCUUUGAGGAAGGUAUUAAGCUGAUUACAAACUUUUUCAAGUAUUUUGCUCAGGAAAAUAUCCCCUAAACAAGCUGCUUUAGCUUUAAACUGGCCAAAGUAUUGAGGAAUGUUCGGGCUUUAAGCAUCAGUCGUCUUAUUGACAUGAAUAUUGAAAUCACCAUUUACAAUUAUCCGAUCAUAGCUAGUGAUGCUGAAACUGGUCAAGAAAGCCAGUCCAUAGUUUAGGAGGGUAGUAUAAGGUCAAUAAGAGUAUAGCUGGGUCCAUAGUUUAGGUGGGUAGUAUAAGGUCAAUAAGAGUAUAGCUGGGUCCAUAGUUUAGGAGGGUAGUAUAAGGUCAAUAAGAGUAUAGCUGGGUCCAUAGUUUAGGAGGGUAGUAUAAGGUCAAUAAGAGUAUAGCUGGGUCCAUAGUUUAGGAGGGUAGUAUAAGGUCAAUAAGAGUAUAGCUGGGUCCAUAGUUUAGGAGGGUAGUAUAAGGUCAAUAAGAGUAUAGCUGGGUCAGCCUUCAGAGUGACGGUGAUGUACGCAAAGGAAGAGAAGUCAUCAAAAUUGACUCUAGUGCAACUAUAUUUAUUUGAAAAAAUGGUGGCAAUUCCUAUUCCUGUCUCUACGCUACUCAUCAGCAGUGUGUCCUGUCUCUACGCUACUCAUCAGCAGUGUGUCCUGUCUCUACGCUACUCAUCAGCACUGUGUCCUGUCUCCACAUCAGCACUGUGUCCUGUCUCUACGCUCCACAUCAGCACUGUGUCCUGUCUCUACGCUCCACAUCAGCACUGUGUCCUGUCUCCACAUCAGCAGUGUGUCCUGUCUCCACAUCAGCACUGUGUCCUGUCUCUACAUCAGCACUGUGUCCUGUCUCCACAUCAGCACUGUGUCCUGUCUCUACGCUCCACAUCAGCACUGUGUCCUGUCUCUACGCUCCACAUCAGCACUGUGUCCUGUCUCUACAUCAGCACUGUGUCCUGUCUCUACAUCAGCAGUGUGUCCUGUCUCCACAUCAGCAGUGUGUCCUGUCUCCACAUCAGCACUGUGUCCUGUCUCUACGCUACUCAUCAGCACUGUGUCCUGUCUCUACAUCAGCACUGUGUCCUGUCUCCACAUCAGCACUGUGUCCUGUCUCUACAUCAGCACUGUGUCCUGUCUCCACAUCAGCACUGUGUCCUGUCUCCACAUCAGCACUGUGUCCUGUCUCUACAUCAGCACUGUGUCCUGUCUCUACGCUGCACAUCAGCACUGUGUCCUGUCUCUACAUCAGCACUGUGUCCUGUCUCUACAUCAGCACUGUGUCCUGUCUCCACAUCAGCACUGUGUCCUGUCUCUACAUCAGCACUGUGUCCUGUCUCCACAUCAGCACUGUGUCCUGUCUCUACAUCAGCACUGUGUCCUGUCUCUACGCUCCUCAUCAGCACUGUGUCCUGUCACUACGCUCCUCAUCAGCACUGUGUCCUGUUACUAUGCUCCACAUCAGCACUGUGUCCUGUCUCCACAUCAGCACUGUGUCCUGUCUCUACAUCAGCACUGUGUCCUGUCUCUACAUCAGCACUGUGUCCUGUCUCUACGCUCCACAUCAGCACUGUGUCCUGUCUCUACAUCAGCACUGUGUCCUGUCUCUACGCACUUUUGCUCUGAUCUUGUUAUAUUUAGUCCAUAAGUAAACAUUACCUCAUCUGAAACCUGUGUGUAUGUGUGUGUGCGUCUAACUCUACCAUGAUGUUACAAAGCUGAUUCAUCACUGAAACAUGAUUAAGGUAAUCCUUUAAAGACAUCCCAUAUUAAAUCAGGUUUGUGACAUCAGGUGUGUGUGUGUGUGGCGAGAUUUUUAAGUGUUUCUCUUGAGCUUUACUUGAGUACUUGAGCUGCAUUAUUUCCUGAAAUAGACUGCAGUUCCAUUAAAAACAUCCACAGGGACAUACACCUCUACUUCCAUGUUCCACACACACACACACACACACACACACACACACAGCUACUAG